UUGAGCAGCACAACGAGCGCGAGCCACACACGGGAGCGACAGAGUAACGAGCCUGACCAGCCACCGCUAACUAACGCUAACUAACGCUAACUAACGAACAACAAGACAAGCGUUCACUGACAACAACUGGCAGCCAUGAAGGAGCAGACUCGUCUUGUCCUCUGGCUGCAACUUUUCUCAGCUUGUCUGGUGUUCGGGGUGAACGGCGAUUACUGCAAGGUGAAUGUCUGCAUUAAUGGGGGAACCUGUGUGACGGGGGCCGGAACUCCCUACAUCUGUAUCUGCCCCGACGGCUUCACUGGAGACAUCUGCAACGAGACGGAGACCGGGCCGUGCAACCCCAACCCGUGCAGGAACGAUGCCAUCUGCGAGCUGACGGGCCAGACCCGCCGAGGUGACGUCUUCAGCGAGUACGUCUGCAAGUGCCAGUCGGGCUUCGACGGAGUCCACUGCCAGAACAGUGUCCAAAGGGCCGAUUUAAGUUCCAGACCAGAUGUCAACGACUGCGACAGCCAGCCCUGUGGGAACGGCGGCACCUGCAGGGACCUGGAGGGAGAUUUCAAAUGCAACUGCCCGUCCCCUUAUGUGGGCAAACGUUGCCAGCUACGCUGUAUUUCGCUGCUCGGCAUGGAGGGAGGGGGCAUCGCCGAGUCCCAGAUCUCGGCGUCAUCGGUCCGUUACAGCAUGCUGGGCCUGCAGCGCUGGGGACCCGAGCUGGGCCGCCUUCACAACAAGGGGCUGGUUAACGCCUGGAGCGCCGCUGCCCACGACAAGAACCCAUGGAUGGAGAUCAACAUGCUAAGAAAGAUGCGCUUUACCGGCAUCGUGAUGCAGGGCGCCAGUCGUAUUGGAACAGCUGAGUUCAUUAGGUCCUUCAAGGUGGCCUACAGCCUGGACGGCAGGACGUACACCAUGUAUAGAACCAACGGACAGCGGCGGGACAAUGUGAGCAGGAGCAUCGACACUACACAUGAUGUGCAACAGGUGUUUGUUGGAAACGUGGACAACGACAGCACCAAGACGAACCUGUUCGAUCCCCCAAUCAUUGCCCAGUACAUCCGCAUCAUCCCUGUGGUGUGUCGCAAAGCUUGCACCAUGCGCAUGGAGCUGGUGGGGUGUGAGCUCAACGUGUAUUCCAACACUUCAGGUUGCUCAGAGCCGAUGGGCAUGAAGUCCCGGUUGGUGUCCAACGGCCAGAUCACGUCCUCCAGCACCUUCCGCACCUGGGGCCUCGAGGCCUUCACCUGGCACCCCCACUACGCCCGGCUGGACAAACAGGGAAAGACCAACGCCUGGACCGCCGCCACCAACAGCCGGGCGGAGUGGCUGCAGGUGGACCUCGGGUCUCCCAAGAAGAUCACAGGGGUCAUCACACAGGGGGCCAAAGACUUUGGCUCCAUCCAGUUUGUCACGGCCUUCAAAUUGGCUCACAGUGAUGAUGGGCGAUCCUGGACCAUCGUGAAGGACGAGAGGACUGGGGCGGACAAGAUCUUCCCGGGCAACAGCGACAACAACGUUCACAAAACGAACAUAUUUGAGCCGUCGUUCUACAGCCGCUACGUGCGCAUCCUGCCGUGGGAGUGGCACGAGCGCAUCACCCUGCGAAUGGAGCUUCUGGGCUGUGACGAGUAGUCCAGGUCCAGCCCCUCCUUUCUCUACCUCCUCAUCCCUCCCUCCCUCUCUCCUUAUCCCCCUCCCGAGCCACACCUGCACUGCCUUGCUCUCACCACCAGGGGGCAGCAAACCCCAGGGUAGCACCCGACCACCUCCAGCCCUGGCCGGUUGGCGGUGGGAGUUACCCUAAACCACUGUUACCAGUUCAGCUCACAGCCCUUUGUUCCUUUCCUGAAUUGAUCGCUCCUCUUUUCCACCUGAACCAAAUAUCUGAUUGUUUCAAGAAACGACCACACGUCUUCUUUCCCUUUGUCACUGAGAAUAUUAACUGACUCCUCAUCCCUGCGUCGGAGGUCAGGGGUAACAGGACUGCUGCUGCCUAGAUUCUGAUCCUGGAUCAGUCCUACCUGGAACAUUGAACCUCCGAGACCCACAGCCGGUGAUGUAUGUGAGGUCCACUACUCAGUUUGCUCUCAUCAUGUUACCAAACACUUCCCCUCAAGACACACAACGUAUAACGUGUUUUUUCAGAUGAUACUGUGGUGCUUUCAGUUGAUCAUUCUUCUUUACCAAAAACUGAAUCUGCUCAUAAUAAAUGAGUUAUUAGCAAGAAGCCUUUAACUCUGGUAGAAAAAAAGAAAUGCAAAUAAGUUGCAGGAAAAACUACAAAUUGAUGCCAAAUGGUUAAAAAACGGAUUUGCCGUAUUUCUGUUUAAAAAUGAGGCUGAAGAUUUCAAUCUGCGAGUAUGCGUUUCAGUGUUGCUCACAUUCCUUUUCAGUGCUUUGGGCAGUAACAUCCUACAUAAGUUUGAACCUCUUUAGAGGGUUAACAUCCAACACUUUGACAAAGAAUUCAGUAACAACAGAGGAGCGAACAUCCCACUAUUUACACGGAUCUUAUUCCGCUUUAAAGCCGACCAAAAGACAAAUCCGCGUAAAUCACUACUCCUCCUCUUGUGCCAACGCACCCUCAGACUUUUGUUUAUGUGGAUUUAUUUAGAAAUAAAAAUCCAGUCGACACAGAACAAAGGAACAUUCACACACAUAAUCUGGUGUUGUGGGACAUUAAAGUCAGUCAACCAUCAGUCGGAUCUGUUGAGCAGCCGAGCAGAUGUGGGCCUGACAGCCCGAGGAUGUGAUAAACAAGAAGAGGCUCAGAUCCUUGUUGAUUUAAAGAGAAGAGACGCUUUAGUCCUCCUGAGGAAUGUCAUAACAGCCACGGACGGAGGUUGUCAUCAGCUGGUGACGUCGUAUACAUGAGCUUUCAAGUCUUUCAGAAAGAGGAUUUAACAUGUGACCAUUAUUUACAAAAAUGCACACGUUUAUGGUCUGUGAGAUUUAAUUUGUCUCAUCUUUAACAGGCCGUUGAGAUUAUCACGGAACCUCUUCACAUCGGGAAAUUUUCACUUCAAGUGGGUAUGAAUCCCAAGAAUGUCUGUGGCUGAUCGAUAAGCAUCAGAAACUAAGAGAUUGCUACUGAAACGUUCCUUAUUCUCUUAUCACACUCUCACACGGCUGUGCUUUGAGUGGUCCUCACAUAGUUUCCCUUCAUUUAUGGCACCUUGAUGUUUGUGUUUUGACAUUUGAAAUAUCUAAAAAUAACAAAAAAAAACGUGUUCAGUUGAAGCGCUGAAGAACAAACAUUCAUUAUUCCAUGUAGAAGUAAAAAAACAUUCCCCUCGUUGAGUUUCUUUCGUUGCCGUGCUUUGGUUGUGUAGUGUGAAUUUGUGACGUGCACAUCUACAGCUCCGCUGUACUGAGAUCUGUUUGCUGCAUCUAUUCAGGGUCCAACAUUAAGCCUGCAGAUCCCAGCUGAGGCCCCGCUGAUAAGGCCGAGAGGGGGAAACCAAAUCAAAAGAGAUUUUAUACGGUUGCACUGGACAUGUGACGCGACCCCCGUCGCAGUUUUCUAAACACUCCCCAUGAAUUAUGAAUAAUGGGCGCGUGCAAUAUUCCACCGUGUUAGUUUAGAUGGCGAUAAGUAUUAAUUCAGGAUCCUUAAAAAAUGCACGAGGGGACCACUUGAGAGGUAGAGGGUGGAUGUCAGUGUCAAACACUGUACAAUAUUUCUUAUUGUUGCAGACGGUCCCCCCCCUUGUUAUCCACGUCUGCAUGCAUGUUAAUGACUAGUGUUACUCAGCUGAAACAAACUCGAUGUUCAUUAACAUUAACAACAUACAGUAUUGUAGAUAUCUUUGUUUCUCCACUGUUCAGGUGUUCUAUGAUCAGAAGACAAUGUUUUUUUUGUUUUUUUUGUGGUAUUAAAUGAUCUCUUGCUCUCCUGACUGUUGACCUCAUAGACGUUUGGCUGAAUUGGAAGCUUUUUUUCAUUUUAUUUCCAGUGUUGUAUUUCUAAAAAGAUUCCUUCUGUUUGGCUUGUGUAUCUUAAAAGAAGAUUGAAUAAAGACCUAAAACAACAAA